AUGGAGCCUUGUAUCGUUACUGUGUUGGACUGUAACGUCAAACACGGAUCAAUAGGGCCCGUGACAGGCGCUCCACACCCUGAUCACGAAACAACGGCGAUGAUGUUUCCGACCAAUGUCAAGUACGUUUUCGAGGACGACGAAGACCUAGAGGUGGAGCACGAAGGCGAUGGGAUCGAAAACGUAGUGGUUGUCGAGACCAACGCAGAACUGGAAGUGACUCAUGUAGAAUUGAUCAGUGACAGGUUCAAGCAAUUGAGCUGGGAAACGACCGAGGAUGAUCCUCACGAGCUGCACUUGCGCGUCAUGUCGAGAUUCGAGCCCCUAGAGAAUGAAGAUCUGCCUUUGGAGGAGCUAAUCCGGGUUUAUAAAAUUAGAAACGAUCAGCUACAUAGUCUAUUCAAUACACUGUGA